AUGACCGCAAUUGGAGAUGAACACAGUAUACUACUGAAGUUGAUUUUCCACCAACAGCGAUACUUGUAUAUCGAUCCACCCUACAGGGUGUUUCUGGAAUGCGUUAUACUUGCGUUACAAGCGGUUGCUGCAGUUCGACUUGAAUUAGAAUCACCAAUUGAAAGUGCCAGUCAAUCAAACAAUAGGCUGUCAAAACGAUCACCCGUUGAAUUGGGUGGUGAUAUUAACAAAUGUUACAGAAUGAAAUUCAAUAUUUAUGGAAUCAAUUUGAAUUUACAAGUCGAUUCAGUAAUGUCUGAUACGAUCGUACCAUAUCCUACUUCAAAAAACAACUUAGGUUUGGAUAUACUAAGUAUUACAAGUGGGAGGCUCGUUACUAUAGAGUACAAAGGCAAAGAGUAUAGAGGAGUUAGUUUCACAGCCACUGUGACGAUUCCGGGUACUAGUAUAACUGACAUUGGGUUACCAGUAGUAGCAGUUGAAAAACAAUCGCCAGAUAUAGUUGGUAUCAGUCCAAAUUUUGAUGGAGUAUUUGGGAUUGGUUAUCCCUCGUUGUCAAAGCGUCGUCCACAAACCACUGUGUUGGAUGUUUUGUACAAUGAUGGUGUCAUUUCUAAUAACGAGAUUGGUCUUCAACUAUGUCCAUAUGGCAUGCGUUCAAAAAGCUUCAUCAAUAUAGGAAACACGGACGUAACUGCAAAAUGCGGAACGAAUGGAAGGAGUGUUGCAUGGGUAGACUCACCAUCACAUGGUCGUCAUAGUGUCAACAUCAAGAGUAUACUAGUCAAUGACGAACUAGUGGAGCUACCCGAGGAAUUUCAAAAAAACCAAGGAGAAGACGGACGUAUUUUGUAUUCAUAUCUACAUACAUGCCUUUUAUAUAUGCGUUUUCCUGAAGUAGUCGUGACAGCGUUGAUUAGUGCUAUUGUUGAUAGUGAUGCGAUCACUGUUAAGAAUAAUAUGCUUGAGCGCAAGCGCAAGCUCAAUCCAGAAGAUAUUGAUGACAUAUUCUGGAAGCAUCAUCUAAUGGUUAGAUCCAAUUUUCAUAUCGAUUGGAUCAAGCUGCCGUCGCUUACAAUUACAAUGUUUGCUCAAACCCCCGUAACUGAUGCCAAUCGCAACUCCCUUGUAACAAUCACACUGGGUCCCAAAGACUAUAUACAGAGAGUUGACUCCAAACAUGUUAGAUUUACUGUAACAGCUGGUUCAAAUGAAAAUGCAGCUCUUGGUAUAUCAUUUAUGGCCCGACUUAUAUUGACAUUUGAUUUACAAAAUGCACGCAUUGGAUUUGGUCCUGGAUGUGGAUGUGAACUCUCGACUGAUGGAUAUCCUAUUAUUUCAAACAAUGAUCGAGUGCUCUGGUCACCAUCACAAUUGCCUGAACAACCAAGUACUUCAAGUUCAGAUGGUACAUCUACUCUCAGGAGAUCAUUUUCGCGAUUUGGUAGUACUCUCCGUGAUAGUGCUCGUCGUAGUAGUAGGCGGCUAAAGUUUAAUUACAAGAAAACUUGA